AAUAGAGUGAGAAUAGAAAGAGAUAGUGUGAAUAUAAUUUGUAUUAUUUAAAAGAGAGAGAGAGAGGGUUUAGUGGAGCCAUGGUAUGUAUGUAUGUGUAGUGUUAUGAUAUGGAUCUUUAAUUUUCUUUCUCUCACCUAAAGUUGGCUGUCUUUCAGUAGACGUCUCUGCACCCAUAUUAACCCAUCCUCAUCUUUCUCUCCUUUCUGAAAAUCCUGUCACAAACACCAUCAAAGUGAGAGCCAGGCCAUCAUCCCACACCCCAAUUCUUAAAUUCCUAUAAACAAAACCCCUCUACUUAUAACAUCUCAUAUAUAUCAAAUCUCUCUCUUCCUCAUCUUUCUCUCCCCAUAUCUAUAGUACUACUACUACUACUACUGUUGUAGUAUAUAUGUGCCAUUGACAUAUGGCUUACCCACCUCACAGUUUCAUCUUCCAAUCUCACCAAGAAGUAGAUCAUCAUCACCCCCACUUCCAUGGUGGUAUUAAUACUAAUAAUAAUAAUAAUCAGCAACAGCAGCAGCAGCAGCAGCAACAGGCAGCAUUCAUGAUGAAGAGAUCACUUUCUUUUUCAGGUGUUGAUGAUCAUCAUCAUCAUCAAAACAUUAAUACUAAUAAUAAUAGUAAUAAAUGUAAUAAUAAUGAAGAUUUGUUAAUGUUGCAUGGUGGGGGUUGUGGUGGUGGUGGUGAGGAUGAGUUGUCUGAUGAUGGAUCCCAACUUGGAGAGAAGAAAAAAAGGUUGAAUCUUGAACAAGUUAAGACACUUGAGAAGAGUUUUGAGAUGGGGAAUAAGCUUGAGCCUGAGAGAAAAAUGCAACUGGCUAAGGCUUUGGGUCUUCAGCCUAGGCAAGUUGCUAUUUGGUUUCAGAACAGAAGAGCCAGGUGGAAGACAAAACAACUUGAGAGAGAUUAUGAUGUUUUGAAGAAACAGUUUGAUCUUCUUAAGGCUGAUAAUGAUUCUCUCCAAGAUCAGAAUAACAAACUUCACCAACAGUUAUCAUCAUUGAAAGGUAGCAAUGAUCAUCAUCAUCAACAUCAACAACAACAACAACACCAUGAUCAAUAUGAAAACUUUAAGAAGGAAGCAGCUGAUCAAGGGUCAUGGAGUAAUGGAAGUAGUGACCAAAACAGUUCAGAUGUCAACUUAGAUAUUUCAAGGCCACCAUUAAUAAACACUACUACUAAUACAGCUACUACAACUACUACUUCAUCAGCUAAUUCUUCUCAACUAGUACAAAACCUUUUCCCUUCAACUCUUAGACCAUCUUCCAUAACUCAACUUCUCCAAGGCUCAUCAUCAAGGUCAGAUUUCCUCAAUAAUAAGCACCACUCUGCUGCACCUCCUCCUCCUCAUCAUCAACAUCAUCACCAUCAAAUGGUGCAAUCCGAAGAAAGCUUUUGCAACUUGUUUGUCAAUAACAACAAUUCUGCUGCUGCAGCCGCGACUGCAGCAGAUUCUGCCACGGCCGCAGCCGGGGUUGAUGAUCAACAACCUAGCUUCUGGCCGUGGCCAGAACAGCAUAAUUAUUUUCAGUGAAGAAUUGAAAAUGAACAAAAAAAAAUAAUAUUCCACAAUAUAUAUUUUGAUGAUGAAUUAUUUUUCUUUUGUAGCAAAUCAUGAAGACACACUACUGAUCAUCAUCAUCAUAUUUUCUUUCUUUCUUUCUUUCUUUUGGGUAUAAUGCAUGAUGAAUUUGAAUUAAUUUUUCAUGUUUUUUGGCUGUAGAGAUAUUUGAUGUAUAGAGCUUUCAUCAAGUCAUGAUCAUAUUUUGUUA